UGGUGAGAGUUUAUUAAUAAAUGAUUUAAAUGUCGAUGCUGUUAAUCUACAGAAAGCUAUCAAUGUUUUAAGUCGAGUACCUCUCGUAGAUGGUCACAAUGAUUUUGCGUGGCAUGUACAGAUUGUUUAUGACGGCGAUAUAACCAAGUUUGAUAUGACGAAAGAUAUGAGAAAUUACUUCCCUUGGGACCCCAAGCACCCCAGCCAGACCGAUGUGCCUAGAAUAAAACAAGGGCAUUUAGGGGCACAGAUGUGGUCCGCCUAUUCACCAUGUUUCAACCAAUAUAAAGAUGCUGUGGAGAAAGGAUUAGAUCAAAUUGAUUUAAUAAAAAGAUUUAUUAAUAAAUAUCCCAACAACUUUCAAUAUACAACAACCGCAGAUGGAAUAAUGGAAGCUUUUAGUAGAGGUAAGGUGUCCUCUAUGAUAGGAAUGGAAGGUGGUCAUAUGAUUGGUAGUAGUCUAGCCGUAUUGCGCAUGUUUUAUGAACUGGGUGUACGAUAUUUAACAUUAACACAUAGUUGUAACACAGCAUGGGCAGAUAACUAUAAAGCUACUCGGUAUAAUCAACCAGUCUUUAAUGGACUUUCACCAUUUGGAGAGAGAGUUGUUGGUGAAAUGAAUCGUCUGGGUAUGAUGAUAGAUUUAGCUCACGUUGCCUUGGAUACAAUGAAUGAUGCUAUGGAUAUAUCUAAAGCACCUGUAAUAUUCAGUCAUACGUCAUCCUUCGCUCUCUGUCCACAUCGUAGAAAUGCUCCUGAUGAAAUAUUAGAACGUCUGCCUGUUAAUGGUGGUAUUAUAAUGGUUAAUUUAUAUCCUAAUUUUAUCAACUGUACAUUAGAUACUGUAUAUGGAGAUGAUAACAGAACAGCUUCUAUAUCCCAAGUAGCAGAUCAUCUAGACCAUAUUAAAUCUAUAACAGGACCAGAUUAUAUUAUAUCUAUAGUUUGUGUUUAUUUACAGAUCAUCUAG